AUGCUUUUAUACGAUCCUUAUGCUGGUGAUGAUAAUGCUGAUUGUUCAACUAAAUUAUUUGAUGCUGGUUACUUUUCCAACGACGACGGUGUGAAAAAUGUUGUUAAUUUGUUUAAUAAUUAUGUCUAUUCCAGUGGUUUAGUUAAACCUGAAAUUGAAAAAAAGAUGCUGGAUUGGUUGGACGCUGAUAUAAGUGACCUUAAUUUUAUUGAUCAGUAUUACGGAAUUUAUUUAUUUUUGAAAAUAGAGAAAACUGAAAUACAAAACGCAAUUGAUUGGUGUUCGUGUAAUGCAGUUGAUAUAUUUAAAAGAAAAGAAGAUAAAAAACCAACCGAAACAACUGAUAAUCCUGAAAUAGUCUUAACUUCAGGCAAUGAAUUAUCUGAUAAAAACAUAAAAUACAAAUUAGAAGCCGAUAAUACUGAUGAUAAACAAAACAUUUCAACUGAUGAAAAAGAAAGUAUUUCUAUUGAUGAACAACAAAGUAUUUCUAUUGAUGAAGGCACAUCAACAGAUCCCUCAUACUUAGAGACUGGUAAAGGAAUAAAAAUGAGUCAAGUUGUUAUGUCAAUAGUGUGA